UUAAAAAGUAUGUUACUAUAGAUAUGAACUUGUAAUAAGCUUAAUUAGGAAUUAAUAAAAAGUUGGUGUUUUUAACGGGGGUAAAGCUGAGUUCAGCGUAAUAUUUUUACGUUAGGCAGCGAUAAUUAUUUUUUUCCUAUUAUAAAAAGUGCAACAGCAGAAGCUUAGUAUUCGACGCUCAUAGGCCGCCUAAUUAGCAUAAAACAGAAGUACACCAAUAAUAAUCAUUUUUCAUUCCGUCUCCGUUGAAGGGAGAUGAAUAGCUGGUAUUGCAACUGUCUUACAAGGGAAAUGUUAAUGUUUUGUAGGAGAAUCCAAAAUUUCUUAUAAAGGAUCGUAAAGUGUUCAUUUGUAUGCAUAAACUUUAUAUAUAUAUUACUAUAUUAACUUCUUGUCUAUAACUCGUUCUUGUCUUAUUUUGAAUCCUCUAUCUUUUUGUUUUCUCUUUCUUUAUUCCUUUGUUUGUUUCUUUUUCUUUCUUUCUUUCUUUUUCUUAGCUUGAACUAUUCUAAAAUUUUGCUUUUCUUUCUUAUUUCCUUAUUCUUUAUACAAACACCCACAUACGUACAAUUCCCACCUUAUAUCUUUCUAACUUUCAUCCAUCCCUUUUCCUGGCCCCUUCCUUCCUCUCAUCUACAUUUCCCAACUCCCACCCUGAUACUUUCAAUCACCGCAUUUUUAUUUCUCUUUUGUCUUUUCGUCUUUCUUCUUUUCUUUUCCAGACGAUAAUUUUCUCUAAUCAAAACAUUCUCCCCCUUUUUACUUACAGAGAUGAAAGGCAGACUAGAGAGGCAGCAUAUCUAAAUCGUCAAAUGGAAACGGCAAUCGGUAGCGGAAGAGACGCCUUUUACGGUCCGCACCUCUUCGGUAGCCAAUUCCGACCGCCAUUCUGCAAUGUCACAUCUUCCCUUUAUCCUUCACAUCCACUAAAGCAGCUACAAAAGGCUGUUCAGAAUGGAUUACAACAUCAGCUGCCUAAAUUAACCCCACCAAUUGUAAAAGAAGAGGAGGAAAGAGAGGAAAACUUUGACGCAAACUCUACUUGUUCCUAUGUCGCGUCUACGUCCGGUGAAAGUUGUACAAGUGACACCCCGCCCACUCCUCCACUUUCUAGUCAGGACAAGGACAUAUUCUUUUGCCACCUUUGCACUUGGUCAGGCAGUUCGAAAGACUCAUUCGAUGAGCACAUGACGUCGCAUUUUGAACAUAAAUGCCCUCAAUGCGACUAUACGUCGAGGACAGAGGGUCGUUUAAAGAGGCAUAUUAAGGACUUUCAUAGUGAGGACCCAGCCUCUAAUCCAAAAGUCAGUUGUCGACCAAAAAUUUACAAGUGUAAACAAUGCGACUUUCAAACGGCUAUCAAAGUGGAUUUUUGGGACCAUUCAAAAGCUCAUAUAAAAUCAGAAAAGAUGUUACAAUGUCCGAGAUGUCCUUUUGUGACCGAGUACAAACAUCAUUUAGAAUAUCACCUGCGGAAUCAUUUCGGUUCGAAGCCGUUCAAGUGCGAAAAAUGUAAUUAUUCGUGCGUCAACAAAUCGAUGCUAAAUUCCCAUAUGAAAUCGCAUACGAACGUCUACCAAUAUAGAUGCUCAGAUUGCCAUUAUGCCACAAAGUACUGCCACUCUCUGAAACUUCAUUUGAAGAAAUACGAUCACAAACCGGCUACUGUAUUAAACCCGGAUGGUUCACUUCCUACCGAUGGUUCAGGAGAUUUUGAGUUAGUAUCGAAACGGGGGCCACCAAGAGGACCCAGAACGACUGGAAGAUCAUCAGCCAACGGCAUUCAUCAUCAAAGUCCAUAUCCUCCUCCCCAACAAAAUAAUCAACAACAACAUCAUCAGCAACAACCAACGCAACAACCGCCACAAACCCCCACAUCGUUGUCCCUACCACCACCACCCACUCCAACAACUGUACACCAACAGCAGCCGGUCACCUCAAAACCAAUCCCUACCUCUCUUCCUUUACCAGUUUUACCUCCUUCUGCUCUGGGCCUACCACCGUCUUAUUGGGGUCUAUUAGGAGCGGCCGCUUCUCCAUUCCAACCGCCUCCACCGUUAGUGCCGGCGGUCUCACUCGUCCAACAGUCGCUGCCAACGGGAUCCAUCCUAGGCUCGAGCUCGCCGAAGAGAUUCGUAGCUGUGGAUUUGGCUGCUCAAAUUGAAUCUGAAAGUGAUUCUAAGAAAAAGGAGACGCCACCUCUCAAGUUAGAGAGUAUAUCACCGCCCAAUAGUCGUCCGACUUCUCCGCUCGAUCUUUCCAAAUCGCCAAGUUUACCUCCAUUGGCAACCCCUACCGGCGCUCGUAAGCGAAAAGGUAAGGCCUACAAAUUGGACACUCAAGUGUUAAACGCUCAUCCACAAGAGUCAGAGGUAGUUGCCUCUCCAAAACGCAAGAGCGUUAAACAAGAAUGUCCAAAAGAGGGAGAAGGCGUAGCUGAUGAAAACAUUGAAGAUUGGGAUACCAAAUUUGAGUGCGCUCAUUGCGCCAUAACGUUCAUUGAUUGCAUCCUCUAUACAAUGCACAUGGGCUAUCACAGUCAAAACGAACCUUUCAAGUGCAAUAUGUGCGGUCAAAUAGCCGCCAAUAAAGUCGAAUUCAACUUGCAUAUUGCCAGAGCAUCGCAUGUUUGAAUAAAUGUUCUUUAUUCUUUUCUUUAUUCUUAAUUUUGUUUUUUCAACUUUAAAAAAAAGGUGUAAAAUUUUAUGCAAAGUCAGAAAAAAACAAAUAAUUCUUCUUGUUGUUGUUAUGUUCUAAAUGUUCUUUUUUUUCGUAUACUUGUUUUUUCAUCGUCUUGUAUAACGAAACAAAAAAAAGAGAAAAGAAGUUAUAAAAGAAAAAAGAAAGAAAUCUUCUCUUGCCCUAUCUUUACAAAUGCUCAACAGAUGACAAUAAAGUUGUAACGGAUACAUACACAUAAUGAUAGUUGACUAACUUUUAAGUAUGCGUAUGUAUUCAAGAAAGUUACAUAUAUACAUAUAUAUAAAUAUAUAUAUAUAUAUAUAUAUCUUGUAUGUGAAUUGCAGUUUGUGUAUGUUCUUCGUAUCAUAUAUAUUCUAAUAGCAAGCUAAUGUUACCUAUUUUUUAUUUGUUGUUUAUUUCUUUUUCGUGUAUGCCAUAUAUGUUUUAUUAAUCCCAAGUCAUUAUUAUCAACAAAAAAAAAACAGAAUAGGCAAUGUAGUCCUACCUCGAUGUGCUUAAACACUAUCUAUUGCCUUUUUUAAAUGUAAAUUAGCUUAUUCAUUCCCUUUUUGUCAGUACCAAUAAGUUAAAGAAGGAACGAGAAUUUUUCUCUGUGAAAUUAUAUAAAAUAUAUAAACUUUAGUAAUAUUUAAUAAAGUAAAUAACUAUCAAAAAUAAAUUAACUACCAAAAGAUAAAGAAAAACUCAGGAAAAGAGCAUUUUUUGUUCUUCUUUUAUUUUUGUUUCCUUUUCACCAUUUCAGGGUUUUUAUUCUUGUUUUAGCUCAUUUUCACACUUAGUAAACAAAUAAAUAAAUAUUAUGUAUGUGUGUCUGUAUACUCUCUAUAUGUUCAUUAAAUGCCAGAACCAUGUAUGUAAAAUAUUGUACAUGUGCCUAUGCGGUAUGCUUGUCAUUUAAAACAGGGAGAAAAAGAUGUCUAUUCUCUUCCUUCUGUUAUUUUAUUCUUUUAUCAGUAAAUUUUCUCUUUAAGCUUUUAUCAGAUUGUAUGAAACCUUUUUCCGCUCGUUUUAUUCCUUUUUCUAUGCGUUAAUAAAUAAUAUAAAAUUAUUGAGCUGAGGUAUAUGUAUUGAUCAGAUCUAGUCUAUUAGGCCAAAAAAACAUACCAAGUUCCUUAUUCAAGCAAUUUAGAUUUCUUAACCUUACACUUGUUUAAUGUUCCUGGUAGAGUGUGGAAUUGAUUAUUUAUCAAGUGAAUUUCUAUAAAUGCUAUAUGACGAAUAGCUAUUCAGUGUAAAAUAAUGAGAAAUUGGAUCUUAUCAGUAGUUAUCUCAAGUAUAUUUAUUUCUACAAUAUAUGGAAAUUGUAAUGGAAUAACCAGUUGCUCAGUUUCAACAAAGAAGCCAAAAAGAGUUACCAAAAUAAUUCAAAUUCAUAACGAAAGUAGCUCUUCAUCAAUUUCGAUAUAUUUCAUCCCGAUACCAAUAGUAAUUAUAGGAGCUGGAGUUGCAGCUGUCUGUUGUAUAAGGAAGAGGUCGAGACAUAAUUUUUGUACUACAACUGAAAAUGAAAGUCAGGAAGUUAAUAUGAAUAAUUCAGUUAGAACGCUCCCGGACGUACCAGAAGAAGACCAUGUGAGUCGUCACAUCUACAUCGAAAUAGAGGAAGGACCUGACAGAACUCCAAUUGAAACCAAUCGAACUAAUUGUGAAGUUGAGACUUAGAAUUUUGUUGAUAAAAAGAAGAACAAACGAUCAUCAUUCAUCAUAGUGUUUCGGAAAGACUACAAGUUUUCGCCUUGUUUAUAAAAACUACAAAUUUUACAUUAAUCAUCUGUCUCAAAGUAGGUACAUAAGACAUAUAGUAUAUUAUCUUCUCGAAUGCUAUAAAAAAACAGCUACAAUAUGGCUUAUCAGGCUGAUGGAGACAAUGAAGAUGCUGUGUUAAGUUAAUGUAUUCUGAAUUUAAAUAUCGUAAAUAUGUUUAUGUGUUAUAUAGUUUUCUAAGCUUGUCUUACUUGAAGUUUCUUGUUGUACGUGUACGUAUCAGCAGAUGGCGCUCUAUGUCAAGCAGGAUUUCCAAAACUUCGUUACAACUAAUAGAAAAAUGUGGUCAAUAUCCAUAAUAACCUAAUUUCUAGUCUGUAAAUACAAAUCAAGUAAAUGAAUAUUUAUGAGAUAUUGUGUUUAAAAUAAGAGAAAAAGCUAUUUUAACCAAUCGCAUACUUGAAACAAUAUCAAAUUACGCUAAAAAACUAUGAUAAAAAAGUGUGUAACACAUUGACACAUCUUCUUAACAUUUUUAAAAUACUAUGAAGAAAUCGUAAGUUAUUGACACGUGGCAAUAACUUCGAGUGACUCUUAUCAAUGAACAAGAUUCAAAAAUCGGCUAAUUUGCUUUUCUACUCAACAUCAGUUCUAGAUGAACGACGCCCCUAUCGUUCUAUUGUAAAAUAUCAUUCCUAAUUUUGGUGGUACAAUGGACGCUUGAACGCAUAAAUAGUUUCUUUUUUUUUUUCAAGCAAAUAAAAAAAAAGAGAAAAAAAAGGAAAUGGAAUUUAAGAGGAACUGGGGAAUACUUUUGAAGUAUCAACGACUUUCAUUGUCCAAUUAUAGAAAUUCCAUCUUGUUGUAAAAGUUCAUAAAAAAGUAACAAUUUUCUUAAUUAUAAGAAAAGGAAACACAGACAUAAAAUAAGAUAGAAAACUAAUGAUAGGAGUUAAUUAAAACAAAAAUAGGAGAGUUAUAUAUAGAAUUAAUCUUCUAUUAUCGCCACUAAUAAUAAAAAAGUUCUUUGGGAUUAUUAUUGUUAUUAUCUACUCCUAUUCUAAUAUAAAUUGAAGCUUUUCGUGCUUUUUAAUUUUAUCAAUCGAAAUAGGAAAUUACCUGAAAUUCGCUUUUUCAUUCUUC